GCUUUGUCAUCUUUAGCGCCAUUCACAACAAAGACACAAAGCGAGUGGUUUUCUUCUUAUUUUGCACGGAAAAUACCCGUUCUCUGGCAUUUCCGAAAGUAGAUUCUAUUUUUAGAAUAAUCCAACAACAAUAAUUAUAACGGCAAACACAAUAUGCCAAAGCUAAAGAGUUUGCUGCCCAACAUAUUUGGCAGCCACAAAGAGACUGACAACAAUAACACACGAAAUAUGAAUACGGAUACAGAUGCAGAUACAGAUACAGUGGGACGAUUGGAAACAGAUGCAUUGCCCGUCAGCGAUUCUCAAGAUAACAAUAGCGGUGCAUUGUCGCUGCCAUCCAAUACACCAACUGCUUCAGCGGAUUUAACUGAAUCAGUGCUACGCGAACUCUCCGAUCCAAAUUACAAUUCCAUGGAUGUAGUGCAAUCGGCGCAGAUUCCAGGAUCUGCUCUGGUAAAUAGCAACAGCAACAGCAGCAUUGGCAACAACAAUACGAUGAACACCAUGAAUGUGCAUAGUGCACAGCAACAGGUUGUCAUGAACUUCUCGAAUGCCAGCAACUUACACUUUGGCUCCGUUUAUAAUUUCAAUAAGAACUUGAGCGCCAACAGCUCCCGCAAGAGCAGCACAAGCAACACAGAAGAGGGCGCAGCAGCAGUGACUAUGUCACCAGAUGGAAAGCGUCAGUUGCCACGCAAAACCGUUAGCAUUGUGACCAUGAUGCAGUCCCAGGAUGAGCCAGAUGUCCGUCUGCUGGACACAGUGGCUACACACUUGGGUGAGGGCUGGAAACAGGUAAUGCGUCAGCUGGGUCAUUCCGAGGGUCAGAUCGAGCAGGCGAUUAUCGAUCACCAAAUGCAUGGCAAUAUCAAAGAGGUGAUCUACCAAUUGUUGUUACAGUGGUUGCGUGGCGCUGAUGAUGGUGUCGCCACUGUUGGACGGCUUACAACAUUGCUGUGGGAAACACAACAUCGUGAGUGUGUGCAGCGUAUGAAACUGGUUUGGAAGGCGCUCGAGAAGCGCAAGACAUCCAGUUAGCUGGAGUGCAUUAAUUAAUUCAAUUGCUGUGCUUCCCCCACCAAACAGGGCAUUUUUGAACGUCGAUUCAUUCGAUAUGCGAGCAGAUAUGCAAAAUGUUAUGUUAGUCUCUAAUUGUGUUGUUCACAUUUCGUAGAUUAGUUAAAUCUAUCUAACGCAUGUCGCCGUUGAAUGCUUUCAACGUUAGUUUGCGAUCUCAGCAAACAAAACAUUUGUGCAAUAACUUUUGUUAACCUUUAUUUUGACGAACCGAAUGGCAUUGUCUAAUGUCUAAUAAUGUACGUAUAACCUUCGAAUAAGUGCCUAGAAGUUUAUCCUCAAACAACUUAGUUUGUAAAAUGUGAUAUUUAAGUCGAACACUAAAGCUACAUUGUUGCGCAAAAUGCAUUUUUGAAGUAAUACACAAAAAUACACAAUAAAUAUCUGUAUACGUUUA